AUGAUGACUCAUCAAUCAAUGGAAUCCUACGAAGCUGAAAGUUCAAGUGAUGAUGAUGACGCUGUAAAUAUGAAUGUCAGUGAAUUGAACGAAGAAGAACAAAAUGUUCUUAUGGAUAGUGGUAUUAUAGCUGAGUUAGAUAACAAUGAUGAUGAAUUACCAUAUGUGGAUGAGGACACAACUGAUCCUGAAUCAAUAGAUGAAGAUAAAAAUCAUGUUUUGUAUUCCUUGCUAUUCUAG